AUGAAAGCACACACGCCUCAGUUCAUGCAGACCGACUGGCUGGUCGUCGGCGCAGGCCCUUGCGGCAUUUUCGCCGUCGCGUCGCUGCUGCGGCGAGGCGCAAAGGUGACGUGGAUAGAUCCGAGCUUCUCGACUGGCCGGCUCAGUCGCUACGGCUCGGUCCCGGCGAACACGCGGAACGACCGGCUCUGCCGCGCGUUCCAGAGCCUACCGCAUCUCCAGUUCGCGCCGCGCCAGGCGAGUCGCGCUGGGCCCUCGCUCGCGCGCACGGAUCCCGGCUCGACCGCGUCGCUCCAGCUCUCGAUCGAUGCUCUUCGCGAUGGCUCCGAGGCGCUUCAGUCGCACGAGGCGGUGCGGGCAGUCCAGGGUAGCGUCCACCUCCUGGCUGGCGACGGCGACGGCUGGCGGGCAGAGACUUGCCCGUCGGGAGAGCUGCGAUCGAGGAACGUGCUGCUGUGCACCGGCGCCGCGCCGCGCCUCCCCUCUCCGGCGCUCACCGCGCGGCUCGCUGCCGCCGGCAUCCCCGUCCUCGACCACGACACCGUCGUCACGCCCGCGGCCUUCGAGGCCGACGGCCUCGCGCGCCGGCUGCGCGGCUCGCGGCUCGCGGUCGUGGGAGGGUCGCACAGCGGGCUGCUCGCCGCGCGGAACGCGGUUCGGCUCGCCGGCUGCGAGCGGGUCGACGUGUACGGGCGGGGGGCGGCUGUGAAGUUCGCUGAGGAGCGGCCCGACUACAUCAAGUACGACGGGACGGGCCUCAAGGGGGAGGUUGCCGCGUGGGCGAGGGAGGCGCUCGACCAGGGCCUCGUGCGCUACUGCCGGCACUGCGGCCGGACGGGCAGGAUCGCGCGCGGGCUGCACGGCGGCGGGAUCGCCUUCCCGGAGGUGUGGACCGACCCAGAAGGCCACACCGAGCCGCGCGUCGGGUUCGUGCGGAGCUACGUGGCGCACCUGGAGCGCAUCUUUGACGCGGCGGAGAGCGAGGCGGCCGACCACGUGGCGCGGGAGCCGGAGGCGUGUGCGGUCCUCAUCUAG